AUGAAUAUAUACUUACAGGAUAUCGGUAAAAGCGCCUGCACCGGACACGAGUGUGGCCUGCUAAUUAACGAUAGGAGCGCGUCCUACUCGUAUAUCAGCUCCUUGAGAAGUGUUUUCAGAUUACACAACGAGACUGUCAAUAUAUGGUCGCAUCUUUUCGGGACGGCCUAUUUCCUGGUCGGUACCGUGCGCUUCAAUCAACGUCAUUCGCACAACUCCGAAAGUGCGCAAAGUCCAUCUACAUACUCCUGCGACAAGCGCAUAGUGUCACUCUAUUGCGCUUCGGUUGCAGUUUGUUUCGCACUCUCGGCUAUUUUUCAUACAUUGUCAGAUCAAAGCUAUAGGUUGCACAUUUUCAGCAACAAGCUAGAUCACUUGGGCAUAGUUGUCGUCAUGUGGGGCACGGGCGUGUCCAACAUGCAUUUUGCCCUUCGGUGCGAGCCUCCGUAUGUCAAGUCUCUAUACGUUGUGACCUUGACUCUUGCCGCAAGUUUGUGUGCAAUGGUGACGCUACGAUCGCGUUUUCGGCUCCCAAGAUAUCGUACGGACAGGCUCUACCUCUAUUCCUUCUUAGGUGCCGUCUUGUUCCUUCCACCUAUGUGGCACGCCUGGAAAAGCUUAGGAGCUCUCCAUGCGCUAAACAAGGCAAUGGGCCUGCAGUCCUUUAUUGGAUUGACGUCUAUCAAUUCGCUUGGGGGAGUGUUGUAUGCCACCAGAGUCCCUGAAAGGUGGUUCCCGGGAGCCCUGGACCUCGCCGGACAUAGCCACAACUGGAUGCAUGUUUUGACAGUUGUAGGCGCCAUGGUUAGACUGCAAGGACUGCUCUAUGUGUAUGAGGACUCGUUCAAGAUAAAAGUAUGCAACUGA